AUGUUGAGAACCACUACUUCUGCCUUGAAGUCAUCUUCCACUUUAACUUCCAAAGUUAUUUCUCGUUCUUUUUCAAGACCUGCCAUUCCAUAUGAUGAAACCAUCAAGAAUUUAUUAUUGCCUCCAUCUACAAAAGUUAUAUUGCAAGGUUUCACUGGUAAACAAGCCACAUUCCAUGCUAAAUUGUCCUUAGAAUAUGGUACCAACAUUGUCGGUGGUACUAACCCUAAAAAAGCCGGUCAAUUGCAUCUUGAAAGACCAGUCUUUGCCACUGUCGAAGAAGCUAUCAAGGAAACCGGUGCUAAUGCCACUGGUAUAUUUGUUCCACCACCUUUGGCUGCUGCUUCUAUCAAAGAAGCCAUUGAAGCUGAAAUCCCAUUGGCUGUUUGUAUCACCGAAGGUAUCCCACAACACGAUAUGUUAUAUAUCAGUGAAAUGUUGAAAUCUCAAACAAAGACAAGAUUGGUAGGUCCAAAUUGUCCAGGUAUCUUGAAUCCAAACUCCAAGGUUAGAAUUGGUAUUCAACCAACCACUAUUUUCAAACAAGGGAAAAUCGGUAUUGUUUCCAAAUCAGGUACUUUAACUUAUGAAGCCGUCCAACAAACCACUUUAACUAACUUGGGUCAAAGUUUGGUCGUUGGUAUUGGUGGUGAUGCCUUCCCAGGUUCCGAUUUCAUCGACGUAUUAAAAGUCUUUAUGAGAGACCCAGAUACUAAAGGUAUCAUUCUAUUGGGUGAAAUUGGUGGUACUGCAGAAUUAGAAGCUGCUGAUUUCUUGAAGGAAUACAACUUUUCUUUACCAAAUCCAAAGCCUGUUGCUUCAUUCAUUGCUGGUACUGUUGCUGGUCAAAUGAAAGGUGUUAGAAUGGGUCACAGUGGUGCUAUUGUGGAAGGUUCCGGUACUGAUGCUGCCUCUAAGAAGAAGGCUUUGGCUGAUGUAGGUGUUGCUGUUGUGGAUUCUCCAGGUAGAUUAGGUAAGGCUUUGGUUGCCAAAUUUGAAGAACAAAAAUAA